AUGGAGGAAUAUUCAGAUAGGAGAUCAAAAGCAGAAAUUGCAUAUCACAGGAGGGGUUCCAGAUUGUCUUCCAGGAAUCAAAGUUCAGAAGAGAGGACUAAUCACAGCAUCGAUAAACCGGUAAGCAGCACUAGAUUCAAUCCUAUGAAAACACAAAUUGGCGAUAAUCAAGAAAGACCAAGAUAUGUACAUGAUUCAUUUAAAUCUUCAAGCUCAAAGGUGGCACCUGCAAGCUCUUCCAAAUUUCCACUUAGCAAGUUUGAGGAAAGGCGAAGACAACCUUUUGUGCCAGGGUUUGAUAUUGCUGAAAGUAGUAGAAGAAAGGCUGAUGCCAAGCGGCUAGAGGGUAGUAAGAAAAUUGUUGUAGACAACGAGAGUUCAGACACUCUGCAGGGUGAAUCAGAAGGUUUUACUACUGAUCAAGUACCUUAUCCAGAAGGCUCUCAUUUUACCGGUCAUUCAGGUGUUUCUGCACAUACAGUCAAGUCCUUGGUCCAAACUGCCUCACUAAGUUCUAGGACACAGACACAGAAACACAAAGAAGUAAACAUGGGUACUCCAGGAGCAUCUUCUUCAUCUCUGACUAAUGGGUCUACUAUACCCAGAAGUUCUAUCAUGGGUCUGAGGCCAGCUUAUGGUCAUGUUAGUGGAGGGCAGAUACGUGGGCUUAAAAACCUUGGUUGUACUUCAGUACCUGAUGCUCAGCCAUCAGGUUGCCCAUCUGAGUCUGUUAUUAGUAGGAGGUUUGAGUUCAUGAGAAAGAGGGCAUUUGACCAGGAAAGCUCUUCCAGAUCAAGGAACUUAAGUUUAGGUCAUUCACCUCCUACAGAUAUUCAUAGUACUGGUCACAGAAUCAGAAUGAAUGAACAAUCACUUUCUCAACAAAUACCACGAAGAAGCAGCAGAAACCAUCAGGAAUCGGCAGUUUCAGUUAGGAUGAGACGACCUUCUCCUCAUGCCACUAGGAUGAGUGUUCCUGAUGAAAGAGAAGAUGGCAUGCUUUCUCUGCAUGAAUCAUCCACAAGGAAUGUACAGCCAGCUCAGGAACAUCUUUCAUUGGAAGAAGUCUCCACUGAGAGUUCAAUGAGGCCAUUCUUUGUGGAAUUUGAUAAUAACAUUUUUUCAUCUAGUCGUCGUCAUUGCUCGAAUACUCGAGCUGAAAGGGGAAGACCAAGCUCCCUUUUUGAAGAAAGUCCUCGACAAAUGUUCCAUAGUCUCAUGGGGGAGAGAGAUAGUCACAGACACAUAACCAUGGAAGGAAUUACAGAGGUUUUGGUAGCAUUGGAGAGGAUUGAACAAGAAGCAGAGCUGACUUAUGAUCAAUUGCUGGUGCUGGAGACGAAUCUAUUUCUUGGUGCUUUUGCCUCCUAUGAUCGGCAUAGAGACAUGCGGAUGGAUAUUGAUAAUAUGUCUUAUGAGGAAUUAUUGGCCCUGGAGGAGAGAAUAGGCUCUGUAAGCACAGCUCUUUCAGAAGAGCAGUUCACAAAAUGCCUCAGAAGAAGCAUAUAUAGUCAAGUCGCUUCAGAUGUGAACAAAUCAACCGUUGAUGACAUGAAAUGCAGCAUAUGCCAGGAAGAGUACCUGGAGGGCGAAGAAGUUGGGAGGCUGCCGUGCGAGCACCGGUUCCAUGUGUGCUGCAUAGGCCAGUGGCUUGGGCAGAAGAACUGGUGUCCAGUAUGCAAAGCAUCUGCAGUGCCUUCCAAGGGCUAA